CACAAUCAAUGGCUCUCCGAGAAGACGACGACGAUGUUAACAUCGGAGAAAAAGUAGUCGACGUAGAAUCGGAGCUUCAGAAGUACCGGAUCAAUUCGAUCGAAUCAACGGUUGUGAUUCGUCAGUUACCGACACAAGGCAUUGCCUUCAAGCUCUGGAUACCUGCAACAACUCUCGUCACGCUUUUAGAUAACUACCGUCGUGACCCAAACAUUAGUCCUCUCAAUCGCACCUUCUCGAGUUUUCAAUCCGACGGUUCAGAUUCUUCUUCUCCGAUUAACAUCGUCGAGCUCGGAUCUGGAACGGGAAUCGUCGGUAUCGCAGCGGCUGCGACACUAGGUGCUAAUGUCACGGUGACGGAUCUCCCAAACGUAAUCGAGAAUCUCAAAUUCAACGCCGACGCAAACGCUCAAGUCGUGGCUAAGUUCGGUGGGAAAGUCCACGUGGCGUCUCUUCGUUGGGGCGAAAUCGAUGACGUGGAAAGUUUGGGUCAAAACGUUGACUUGAUUCUAGCGUCUGACGUGGUUUAUCACGUUCAUCUUUAUGAACCUCUCCUCAAAACGCUGCGUUUUCUGCUCUUAGAAGGAUCAUCCGAGAGAGUGUUUCUUAUGGCUCACCUCAAGAGAUGGAAGAAAGAAUCGAUUUUUUUCAAGAAAGCUCGGAGAUUCUUCGAUGUUGAUGUUAUACAUUGUGAUGAUCCUCAAGAAGGUGCUAGAAUCGGAGUUGUAGUUUACCGUUUUGCACCGAAAAAUCAAAACCUUUAAGAAGAUUUUGUCAAAUGUUGAUAAAUGAAAUUUGCUUCUUUGUUAAA